CGUGGCAUGCUCGAAGGCAGCGAGCAGAGGCUGGAACUCUACAGAAGAGUUGGAGAUAAGGCACGUUACCUGAAGUCCCAUUUUGUCUCCAAGGAAUGGGCCAAUCGCUGGGUGUCCUUUGAUGUAACACAGACUCUGAGGGAGUGGCUGCAUGAGGCUGGAGAGGAGCAAGGAUUCCAAUUGAAGUUGCCUUGUGAUUGUGGGAAACCAAUGGAGGAAUUCCUCUUCGGAAUAGCAGAUAGGGAUGGACAAGCUGAGGGGAGAUACAGAAACACUCAAAGCGCUCACAUUUUACUGAUGUCACUUCCUGUGGAACGCCACAGCCAGCUUAGCUCUCGGAAGAAACGACAAACCACUACUGAAGAGAUCUGCUCAGACAAAUCGGAGAGUUGCUGUGUGCGAAGGCUUUACAUUGACUUCCGUAAGGGCUGGAAGUGGAUCCAUGAACCCACUGGCUACUUUGCUAACUACUGCAUGGGCCCCUGCACCUAUAUAUGGAACACAGAAAACAAGUACUCCCAGGUACUGGCUCUGUAUAAGCACCACAAUCCUGGAGCCUCUGCCAAACCCUGCUGUGUUCCACAGGUCUUAGAGCCCCUACCCAUGAUCUAUUAUGUGGGGAGACAACACAAGGUGGAGCAGUUGUCCAAUAUGAUUGUUAAGUCCUGCAAGUGUAGCUAUAAUUACUGUACAUAUCCCUCCCUUUUCUUGUCCAUCGUAUUUCCUUGUACUCAUGGAGAUACAAAAUGGGGGCUGAUCCUUUUUGAUGCCACUGGUUUAGUGUAAACUGCUUGUCCCUUGGAAAUCAAGAUGUAGUCAAGACAUUAAUUUAUGAAGGGUACUAAUAUCAUUUGAUAUGUUUGGGUGGUGUCUAGUCUGCAUUUUUUAUUUAGCUUUUCCCAGCAGAGAAUUUGUUUAUGUUUAGUGAUUUGUUAAUGUUUUCUUAUUUUAUUUCCAAUAUAUGUAGUGGUUUAUGGAGUUUAAAAAAAACUUUGUUUAGACUUGUCAAUGUCCUGGGUAUGUCAAUAGUCUUAUCUUACUGUCACUGAGUUGCAGUAUUUGUGCUCCCUGGGAAGUAUAGAGGGAAAAGGCUAAGAUGGCAUUAGUUUUGGUCUACUAUUACUUAAAAUACUGAAUGUACAAUAGCAUUAACUUCCUCUCAAUAUUUGUGUCAUUCAUCUCUUUUGAAGAAAAAUAUAUCUGCAUCACACCACUUAUCUCAAGAAAUACUGUAAAAAAGUUAAUUUAAAAAAUAGUUAAUUCUGUUUAAGCUUACUGGAUCAAAAGUCCUUUAACAAUAAAUAUGUCCAGAGUGCCAUGACGUUAUACCAUGACAUUAAGGGGGUCUCUAUAUUUUUUGGACAUCUGCUACAAAACACCUCACAUAUGUG